AAGCUCUACCGUCGAUGUUGAAUCCUGAGGCGAUGUCUCCAUUAACCGCCUCCGAUUUGCAGAGGAUCUUCGAGACGCUCGACAGUAAUGGCGACGGAUUCUUGAGCGUGGAGGAGCUCAAUCGCCUGCUCGACAGCAUCGGGGAUGGCCAAAUCUGCGACGAUCUCGAGUCGUUGAUCGGCAAAUGCAAGCUUGAUUUUGAAGAAUUCUUGUCUCUAUACAAAUCCAUAUCGGAGAGAAACAGAGCAGGCGCGGAAGAGGAAAUUGAGAGCGAUCUUUUGAAUGCGUUCCAAGUGUUCGAUCAAAAUCGCGAUGGAUUUAUUUGUUGCGAGGAGCUUCGGAAUGUGCUGGCGAGGCUAGGGCUGUGGGAUGAGCGCUGCGGCCGCGAUUGCAGCAGCAUGAUUGGCGCAUUCGAUACAAAUUUCGAUGGACGGCUUGAUUUUCAGGAGUUCAAGAACAUAAUGCUCUCUGCUUCCAAUUCUCCAUGUAUUUAAUUUGAGAGUUCAAAUCAAUGUACUAUACAUUGUUUAAGAUUGUAAAAUCUGAAUAUUCAUUCUUUAUUGGGAUGUA